AUGACCACGGAAGACAUACUCAAGUCUUUCAUGCUACAGUACAACAAGCUCAUGGAACAGAACAAUCAAAGGAUGGAGAAGGUUGAGACAGAUGUGCAAAGUAUGGCCACUCAUCUGAAGAACAUCGACACACAUAUCAACCAUAUUUCCCAGAAUGUGAGUACUAUUACUCAAUCGGGAAAAUUCUCUUCGAACACCAUCAUAAAUCCCAAAGAAUGCAAAGCUGUGCAUCUAAGGAGUGGCACUGUUUAUGAAGCUCCCUCACUGCCUGCGACCACAUCUGAUACCGUUCUUGAGCCCAAGGCUGCCGUGGCAGAGAAGGAAAAGGAGGCUGAAAAGGAGAAUACUGGCACCACUUCUGGAGUAAAGGUGCCAUUCCCGCAGGUACUGAAUCAGAAGAAGAAGAAGAAGAAAGAUGAGCAGUUCACUCGAUUUCUGGACAUCUUCAGAAAGGUGCAUGUGAACAUUCCUUUGAUCGAGGCACUGCAGCAGAUGCCUAAGUACGCUAAGUUUCUGAAGGAGGUGAUAGCCCAGAAGACCAGUUGGGGGCAGGUUGACACUAUUAAUCUAACUGAAAAUUGCAGUGCUCUGCUGCAAAGGAAACUGUCUGCCAAGCUGAAGGAUCCUGGAAGUUUCACUGUCGACUGCCUCAUUGGGGGCUAUAAGGUGGAGAAUGCUCUCUGCGAUCUAGGCACGAGCAUUAAUCUAAUGCCACUAUCGGUGUUCAAGCAAAUGAACAUUGGUACUUUGAAGCCCACCUCAGCCACACUACAGAUGGUAGACAGAUCUGUCGUGUAUCCAGAGGGCAUCGUGGAAGACCUACUGAUUAAGGUCGGGGAAUUUAUUUUUCCCAUCGACUUUAUGGUCUUGGACAUGGAAGAAGACAAGGGAGUCCCCCUACUGCUAGGACAUCCCUUCCUUGCCACUGCUGAGGCAAAUAUAAAUGUGAAAAAUGGAGAGUUGACAAUCUUCAUGGGAGAAGAAAGUCAAACGUUUUCCCACAAACCGAGAAGCAUGGAUGGAAGAACUGAGGAGUGCAAGGUGGUGCGUCUGAAGCACCAAGAGGCUACUGAAGAAGAAGGAUCGAGUGCAGUCAGAAAAGUGAAGCAGAAGGACUUUUAUGAGCUUCACAUGGAGAUAAUGGCUUCCACUGACUCGGAGCCAAUAGCAUGGAUCGAUGCAGACCAUAGUCGCCCUUCACCGGUGCACGCGGUGAUCACUACUGAACCCCCUAGGAUGGGGGGUAAAAUACCAACUGAUGUCAAGGGAAGAAAGAUAACUGCUCCAACACUGAAGGAGCCUAUCCCGAGAGAGCCUGAAAAGUGGUGGCUCACCAAGACGUGGAACGAUCUAUUUCCUCAUGGAGGAGGAGCCAAGCGAUCACCAGGAGGCAACUCUGGGAUGAAAGGGGAUCUCGGUUGA